CAGGAGGGGACACAGAUCAUAAGACUUGUAUCAUACUUAAACAACAGUCAGUAUCAGUGGAAACUGACUGAAACAGAGGCUCUCAUCCUGUGCACUGCUGAGUGGACCUGAACUUAAAAGUCUGCAUCAGUACAACAGCACGUGCAUUCAUUGAAAACAGCAUUUUCCGAGACUAACCUCCAGUCGUGAGGGUAGCCAUGACGACCACAGAGGCUGAUAGCAGGGUACAUAAUCGGAACAUCAAGGCCCGACAGUCAUCUGACAACUCAAGCUCUGCUGGCAAUCAUGAUAAGGUGGCGGAAGAAGAUGCGAGGCAGUGGGAAAGAUGUACUGAGAAGAUCAAAAUAAAAGUCAUGGAGCAGGUUCAGGAUCAGCUCAAUGAAAUUCUAGACAGAGUUCUGACUGAGUCCGUCCAGUCCCUCUCCAACACCCAGUCAACGGUAAAUGGAAAGACAAAAAAUAUAAGCUCAUCCAGAUCUCAGAGAAUGGAUGAUGGCAAAGUGUUUAUGGCCAGGGCGUCACUGCUGGAUGAACUGUUCGAGAUCAGCCACAUCCGGACCAUUUACCACAUGUUCAUAGCUGUUCUCCUCAUCUUCUUUUUGAGCACUCUGGCUGUUGACUACAUCGAUCAGGGCAGGUUAGUGUUGGAGUUUGACCUGCUGUUCUACGCCUUUGGGAAGCUGGGCACGGUCACUGUAGCCUGGGCCAUCAUGUUUUCUUACACGCUGAUCGUUCCCUAUUACACCCUGCUGUUUUGGGGCUCUUUGUACCACAAAGUCCCCUCCAAGUUGGGGCUGUCUCUGGGGACGGGGCUGAUCCUGUCUGUCAUACAGACCUGCAUACUUGGAGUCUUCCCCAUCUAUGUUGUUGUGCACCACCAGUUGCCACCUGCAUCGCGGUUUAUUGUGAUAUUGGAGCAGAUUCGAUUCCUGAUGAAAACCUACUCGUUCUUAAGAGAAACGGCUCCUGUUAUCAUGAAGAAUGCUCCAAAGGAAGGAGAAAAUCCCAGAUUCCCAACAUUCUCCAGCUAUCUGUACUUCCUCUUCUGUCCAACACUCAUUUACAGGGAAUCAUACCCUCGAAAUCGCCACAUACGAUGGAACUAUGUUGGUAUUACUCUUGGCAUGAUUUUGGGGUGCCUGUUCUACGGCUACUUUAUCCUGGUGCGUCUCUGCGUGCCGGUCUUCAGAACCCAGACCAACGUACCUUUCAGUAAACGAACAAUGGUUCUGGCUAUUUUUCACUCUAUAUUACCAGGAAUAAUGCUCCUCCUGCUGUGUUUCUUUGCCUUCCUGCACUGCUGGCUCAACCUCUUCGGGGAGCUCCUGCGUUUUGCUGACAGAAUGUUCUAUAAGGACUGGUGGAACUCUACGUCUUUUGCUAACUAUUACCGUACCUGGAACAUAGUGGUUCAUGACUGGCUGUAUUACUAUGGAUACAGGGACUUUCUUUGGCUGUCAAACAGGAAAUUCCGAACUGCUGCCAUGCUCUCGGUUUUCAUCGUCUCUGCCGUCGUCCACGAGUAUGCUUUGGCCAUGGGGUUCGGCUUCUUCUACCCCGUCAUGUUCUUGCUCUUUGCUGUCUUUGGAGUGGCAUUCAACUUCACCAUGAACGACAAGCGACAGAGCCCUGUCUGCAAUAUCAUCAUGUGGGUGUGUCUCUUCAUCGGUCAGGGUGUGCAGGUGUGCCUGUACUGCCAGGAGUGGUACGCCCAGAUAUACUGCCCACGGACAGGGAAUAGUUUCUGGGAGCUGGUGAUGCCUCGAUCUUGGUCCUGCAGCUACCAGAGAUGAGGCCAUCCCUCUCGCAGGCAGGAGGAAUAAAUGAUGAAGUCUGAAAGUCUGAAAAUGAAGAUGGAGCUCUGCAAGGCCUGAUGGACUGAGUGUGGGAGAGAGCAAGGUUUUCUGUUAUCAGUGCGUAAAAGAUUUAUUGCAGUCAGGAUGUCGUGUCACUGAACUAUUUCAGGUUUUUAUUUGUGCUGGUGGUAUUUUUAUCAUUAAUUUUCAUUAAAAUGGGCUGUAACCGAGCAUGCAGAACAUAUAGAACAUCAUACCAUCUGAUAACAACGGCACAUAAUACAACCUGGUAGUUCAGUGACAUUUAGACUUUUGAAAGGUGGAGCUAGCCCAGCUGUUUCCCCUUUUAUAUGAGAAGUCAGCCUAGUCAUAUACACAAUACUGUAGAGGAGAAAAAUAAGUACUGUAUGAUUACAAACCAUACAAGAUCUUAAUAAAUAAUAUUUUUUAAGCAUUAAAUACAUUUAAAUAUGGUAUUAACAAGCCCUUACAGGCUUCAGGUUUAUUACAGUUAGAAUAUUUAAUUGCAUUUCAUGCCUAGCUUAUUUUUAUUCCAGACAUGUUUACAAAAACAUUUUUGUUCUUUUCGUUAUUGUAGAUUUUUAUAUGAGUUUUCUGUUUGUAGGACUGAAAAAAACUUAAAAGUGACAGAAAACUUUAAACAGGCUUUGACAAACACCGGGCACCUGGCCUGCAGUGUGUGUGUGCGCGUGUUUAAUCCUGCCUCGGUUGACAUUCAGCUGCCAGGGGUUGGCUGGGAAAGCAGGUAUCUUAACCAGCCAACCACAGGCUGCACAGCAUCUUAUCAGUAUGCUACAAAGCCUCUGUUUGCCUGCCUGCAACGUCAUCCAGGAAGAAGAGGAUUACCAUUGGUACAGUGUUUGCAUUAAUGAUGUAA